AUGAGGGUGGCCGAGUGGAGGGGCCUGGCCCGGUCUUGUGCGCUGUCCGCCCUACUGCUAGCCCUUGCCUUGCGCGGGAUGGCAACUGACGCACCCACCUUCCCGUGGCGGGACACGGAGACUGGCGAGUGGCUGGUGUGCGGCCAGUGUCCCCCAGGCACCUUCGUGCAGCAGCCCUGCCGCCGGGACAGUCCCACGGCGUGCGGCUCGUGCCCGUCGCGCCACUAUACGCAAUUCUGGAACUACCUGGGGCGCUGCCGCUACUGCAACGUCAUCUGCGGGGAACACGAGGAGGAGGCGCGGCCUUGCAGCGCCACCCACAACCGAGCCUGCCGCUGCCGACCCGGUUUCUUCGCGCAAUCAGGCUUCUGCCUGGAGCACGCGCAAUGCCCACCCGGCGCCGGUGUAGUCGCUCCCGGCACUCCCAGCCGGAACACGCAGUGCCAGCCAUGCCCCCCAGGCACCUUCUCGGCCGGCAGCUCGAGCUUAGAGCGAUGCCAGCCCCACCGCAACUGCACGGCCUUGGGUCUGGCCCUCAACGUGCCGGGCUCCUCCUUCCACGACGUCCUGUGUACCAGCUGCUCCCGCCUCUCGCUCACCGCCCCGAAACUGGGGGAGCCAGAGCACGAGGAGUGCGAACGCGCGCUUAUGGAUUUCGUGGCCUUCCAGGACAUCUCUUUCAAGAGGCUCCUGCGAUUGCAGCAGGUCCUGGCGGGCCCUGGAACCGGAAGGCUGUCCGCGCCACCGGAAGAGGGUCGUGCUGCUUUGCAGCUGAAACUGCGACAGCAGCUGGCGGAUAUGGGCGCACGAGACGGGGCCCUGGGGACGCAGCUUCUGCAGGCACUGCGAACCGCCAGGCUGGCCAGGCUGGAACGCAGUGUCCGUUCGCGCUUCUUCCCUGUGCUCUGA